AUGUCUAAAUGUAAAAAAGAAAAUUCGGAACGUUUAGCUUUAGUUUUCGAUGCAAUUCAAGAAAUUGUUUUCACUCGUACAUAUGAUCGAUUAUGCUCCACAAUUGAUACAUAUCGUGAAACUUUCACGAAACAAAAAAUUGAUCAUGAUAUAAAUGAUAUCGUUUAUAAUCAAAAUUAUAGAACCUUAUGUGAUUCCAAUCCUUAUCCAUUUCUUACUAUUCUUCUUCACUUAGAUGGAAUUAGUUUAGGAAAAUCGAAUACACAAUGUUUAUGGAUUUUGAAUGGUUCUAUCAUCGAACUGCCGCCUGCUAUUCGAACUCGGCGACAGAAUAAUCUAAUUUUAUCUUUGUGGAUUGGAAAUGAACAUCCAAAUGUUGAAUUAUGGUUAAACCGAUGUUUUCAUCAAUUACUAGAUCUAAAAUAUAAAGAUUUUGCAUUCGACUCACGAAGAGCACAUUAUCUUCGAACAAAUGUAAAUGGACGGCUGGGAUUAUCAAUACUUGAUAAAGUCUUGGAUAUACCUUUGCCAAAUGCUAUAGUAGCAGAUUACUUACAUGCAACUCUUCUACGACACGCAAAAACAAUAUGCCUUUACAAUUAUAACGAAGUUAUGAAGCCUCAAGAACGUAUUAUGUUAGACAAACGAAUGUCUGUGCAGCGUUUUCCACAUUUUUUCAAUAGAACUAUCCGACCUUUAAAUGAAACUCAUCUUAAAGCUACGGAAAUGAGGAAUAUUUUUCUAUUUUGUAUUUUGCCAAUGACUAGAAAUUUACUUAAUUGUGAUCGAGUUGCUCAUCUUGGCCUUUUUGUCACUGGCAUUCGUUUACUUCAUGGUCGUCCAAUACUGGGUGAUGCAACUGCUGAUCAAGCACAUGAGUUUCUGACAACAUUUUAUCGUGAUCAUGAAGUAUUUUAUAGUCAUCAACAAAAUUACGUUUUACAUAUCCACAUUCAUUAUGCUGAACUUUAUCGCAAUCAUGGAAGUGAAGCAUGUAUAGCUGGUGAAUAUGAAUAUAUUAAUUUACAUCCAUCUUCUCAGGAGGAUGGUUUAAUAGGUACUAUUCCAUUAUCAAAUCCACAGCAAAUGGCAAUUACAAUCAAUCGUACUCAAUCACUGUCUGAUGAUGAAAGUGAGUAUUUUAAAGAACCUCAUAAACAUUGA